AUGCCCACUGUUGCUAUCGCUCACAAUGCCAAAGGCUACGAUGGGCAGUUCAUACUCGAGGAACUGUGUCAGAGGGAAGAGAAGAUCGAACCUGUAUUACAAGGUUGCAAAAUUCUGUUUGCAAAAGUUAAAGGGGUCACAUUUCUAGACUCUCUAUCGUUUAUUCCCUUCCCUCUGUCACAAUUCUCAAAGAGUUUUGGGCUGCCUGAAUGCGAUAAAGGAUAUUAUCCGUAUAAAUUCAACACCACGGAAAACCGCUCUUAUAUUGGACCUUAUCCUCCAAUUGAAAUGUACCCAAUCGAAUCCAUGUCCUCACAGCAAUAUGCCGAAUUUUUAGAAUGGUAUGAGCAAGUCAAAGAACUCCCCUUUGACAACCGCAAAGAACUCAUCCAUUACUGCCGUCAGGAUGUUAAAAUUCUGAUGAUGGGAUGCCUCAACUUUAUGUUUUCCUUCAUCGAAACCACAUUUCUAAAUCCCUUCCUGCAGGCUAUCACCAUAGCAGAUGCUGUGAUGAAAGCCUACAGGAAAAAUUACCUUACCCCAAAUACCCUUGCCAUUACUCCCAAAAACAAUUAUAAUUCCAAUUUCCUUCAAAUGCAGAGCAAAAUUUCUUUGAAAUGGCUUGUGUAUAUGAAGGAAACUUCCAAUCCUAACAUAAAGUAUGAGGUCAAACUGCGCGGCUCUCGAUAUAUUGCUGAUGGAUAUGAUGAGGCUUCUAACACUGUGUAUAGUUUUGAGGGCUGUUUCUUCCAUGGGCAUACAUGCUUUUUUAAUAGAGGGCAUGUAUUCUCGAAAAAGCCCAAUGAUACCAUGCAGAGUCGUUAUGAAGGCACUCUAAAACGGUUGGACCACAUUCGUCAAUUAGGGUAUAAUCUUAUUUCAAUAUGGGAGUGUGAAUUCCGUCGGAUGUUAGAAUCGGACCCUGUGCUUGCGGAGAGGCUGAACAAUCAUCCUGAAGUUGUAGAUUCAGGGUUUGAUUUACGAUCAGCGGUUUACGGGGGCCGAACUGAGGUCUUCCGUACAUAUUACAAAUGUCGCCCCGGGGAUAAAAUUUAUUACUAUGACUUUACGUCUCUCUACCCGUGGGCGAACAAAUAUUCGAAGUAUUUUGUCGGGCACCCCCAAAUUAUCAAAGACAUCCCAAGUCAGGAGGAUGUAUUGAAGCAUGAUGGUGUGGUGAAAUGUACUAUUCUCCCACCAAAAGGCCUUUACAUCCCCUGUCUUCCCUUUAGGUGCAAUAACCGACUAUUCUUCACUCUCUGUCGAAAAUGUGCGGAAGAUCUCAAUACUGAUCGAUGCCUCCAUUCAGAUGAUGAAAGAUCCCUCACGGGAACAUGGUCCAUUGAUGAGGUCCGUCUCGCUGUUGAUCAUGGGUACGUGAUCACAAAAUGCUUUGAAGUUUGGGCAUAUAAAACUUCUCAAUACAAUCGCGAGACGGGUGAACGUGGACUUUUUGCCGAUUACGUCGACAACUUUCUCAAAAUUAAACAGGAGGCUAGUGGAUGGCCCUCGGGAGUUGAAUCUGAUUCUGAUAAAGAUAAUUAUAUCCGCGAAUUCUUUGAAAAUGAGGGAAUACAGCUUGAUAAAGAAAACAUCCGUGUUAACAAAGUCAUCUACGUAGUCCCAGCAGGGGAAGAGAAUCCUCUUUCCACUGGUAAAUUUUUGGGAGAGUUAACUGAUGAAUUGGCUGAUUUCGGUGAGGGAGCUUUCAUCGAUGAGUUUAUCUGCCGUCCAUGGGAAUUGAUCACGGGACCUCUCAGUUGCGAGUCCAGUACCUUAUUUAUUACACCAAUCGUGGCAUGA